AUGUCAUCGACGGCGUCGGAUUCGUCAUUCGAAAAUCUCUCCGACUUGACUUUCACCGAUGAAGAUGAUGGGGCGGAGUCAGAAGGCGUCAAGGAUUCAAAAUCUGAGUCCAACGACGUCAAGGAGUCAGAAGAAAUUGAGGCUCCAAAAAUAAUGGAGUCAGAAGACACUGACGUCAAGGAUUCAGAAGCUCAAAUUGGAGAUUCUGAACCAUCACUCAUCAAUGAGCAAGGGAGACCACCGAGACGCUCCCUUCUUGGAUAUUUCUAUCCAUCUCGAUGCCAAAGUCUGCGUCCACGUAUUAAUCGUCACGUGAAUAUCAAAGAAUACAUUCAAAUGACAAAAAAUAAUGCGCCACCCACCACUGGCAGAAUCCCACGGUCUCGUUUCGAUUUCGAGGCGAGAACCUGGAAUUUGAGGUUGAGCGAGUUGGACACUCUGCAAGACCGAUGCGAGUGUCUUCUCGAUGAACUGCAGCCUAUGAUUGGUUACGCGGAAAUCGAUAAGAGCGCUCGGUUGGAUUAUGAUGAGCCGGAGAGCUCAUGGCUACCAGCGAGUGCCAAGUUUCUUAUGGUGUACAUGUUGGUUUUGUUCGCAAUUUAUGUGUUCAAUGGUGUUGAUAAAGUGGAACUUCCAACCCGAAGCGUCUACGAAGGUCCCAUUUUCCCGAACUUCGCCCUCAUCGACUCCCUCAUCGAACAACCCGAAGACCCCUCCAGCUACCCGUCUUCUGACGUCUUCUCGCUCGCCGAAGCGAUGCAAAAAUUCGAAAAACUGAAAUUCGAAGAGCAACUCCAAGUGAAGGGUUGGACCCCUAUCCCGUCGAAAUUCCAUGGUCUUCGCGAGUAUAUGGAGGCUAUUGGGAAGAAUGGGACGUCGACUGAGGUAUUCAUGCAACAUUCGAAACCAAAAUUCGAGGUGGCACCUGGCCGGGAUAUCAUUUUGAUGGAAUAUGAGCUGGAGGGAUUCAAAGUGUCAGAUAUUCGUUAUUUGGGUGCCAAUUUUCAAGUGAUGUGUGGAGAGGGAGCUCAAUUGAUAAUGUGGCAAGUGUUCCAUGUGGAUAGGAAGAGAUUCGAUGUGAAGAGAGUCUAUUUCUUGAAGAAUAAGAGUUUGCUUGCUUUGCUAUAA